AUGAUAGCAAAAACGUAUUUCUAUAGUACAUCUUCGUCUGAUGAAGAAAAAAAGUUCGAAACAGAAAUAAAUGAAAAGAGAAAUAAUGACUUAAAAUUUAAAAGAAGAAAAAUAAAUAGAAAUAAUAAAAAUAAUAUCAAUGACAAAAAAAGCAAUAUAUUUAGAGAUAUUGGUGUAUUAGGAAAACAUAAAUUAAAGAAUGAUUUAAAAAAUGAUAAUAAUAUCAAUAAUGUUAAGGAAAAAGAUUUCAAAAAUAGACAUGGAAAUUAUAUGAGAAGUGUAGACAAUUCUGAAUCAAGAGAUUUUUCAGAAGAAUUAAUAAAUGAAAAACUAAAAAGUAAUAGUAGUUCUGACGAAUUUGAAUUAAAAAAAAAUAAAUCUCUAGAUAACAGUAGUUCAGAUGAACUAGAAAAUAAGAGAUCGAAAAGUAAUAGCUACUCUAAUAAAUUAGUACAUUUAAAAUUAAAUGAAAAUAACAAUUGCGGGAAAAACUUGAAUAAAAAAAAUAAUAUAAACAAAAAAAAAGAAGAAAAUUAUUAUUCCAGUAAUAAUGAUAGAAUUAUUGAUGAAAUAUGGUAUACUAAAGAAGAAGAAUUUAUUGAUUCCUUUUAUAAUAUGGAUAAAGAAACCACAUAUGAGAAAGAAAAAAAAAUGAUAAAUAAUUUUAAAACAAGGAUGAAUAGUUUAGGGAAGAAAGUAAAUCAGAAAAAUUUAGAUAAUAAUUUAUGGGAACUAAACAAAUUAAAACAAGGUGGUGUGAAUUCAACAUAUAACAAAUUACAGUUAAAUAAAAUUAAUGAAGCUAAUAACACUAAUGAAGUAAAAAAAAUUGUUUUAACAAGGAUAAUAACUCCGUCCUUUAUUGAUAAACUUAAAAAUUUUAAUUAUGAAGGUGAUAUCUCAAAAAAAAAUAUUCAUGAUAAAUGGAAUGCUUUGUCAAGCGAAAAGAAAAAUAGUUCUACUUCAUAUUCUAAUGUAGUAAAAGAUGAAACAUGUGAUUUUGUAAAAGCAGCAAAAAAAGGAAGUGAAUUUCUAAGAUAUUUUAAAAAUGAGAAUGAGAAAUCUAAAGCAAGAGACAGAUAUUGGGAAAUUGAAAAUAGCAAACUAGGGGAAUUAUUAAAAUUAUAUAAAAACCAAAAUAAAUUAAUUAAAGAAAGUAAUAUAAAUUCAGAUAAAGAAGAAAGUAGUGAUAUUUUUGAUUAUAAAAAAGAUAAAAUGUAUAGUAAUAUUUUUAAUUUAAAUAGUAAAAAAAAAAAUACAUUACAAGAUAAAGAAGAAUUAAUAAAAUUGAAAGAGUCAUUGCCUAUUUAUAAAUCAAAAAAAGAAUUAUUAGAUGCAGUAUAUGAUAAUAAUAUUAUAAUAAUUGUAGGAGAAACGGGAUCUGGAAAAACAACUCAAAUAGUUCAAUAUUUAUAUGAAGAAGGAUAUCAUAAAAAGGGAAUUAUUUGCUGCACGCAACCAAGAAGAGUUGCGGCAGUUUCUGUUGCCUAUCGUGUUUCAUAUGAAAUGAAUGUAGAAAUAGGGUCGUUAGUUGGUUAUACCAUUAGAUUUGAAGAUAAUACAAGUAACAACACAAAAAUUCGUUAUGUUACAGACGGUAUUUUAUUAAGAGAAACACUAAAUGAUAAAGAAUUGGAUAAAUAUAGUGUUAUAAUAAUGGAUGAAGCACAUGAAAGAUCAAUUAAUACCGAUGUUUUAUUAGGAAUAUUGAAAAAUAUUUGUUUAAAAAGAAAUGAUUUAAAAUUAAUAGUUACUUCAGCUACUAUUGAUUCGAAAAAAUUUUCAGAAUUUUUUGGAAAUGCACCAAUUUAUAAUAUUCAAGGAAGAACUUUUAAAGUACACAUAGAGUAUUUAAGAACUCCUUGUCAUGAUUAUAUAGAAAGUGCUGUACAAAAAGCAAUAGAAAUUCAUGUAUCAGACAAUAAUUAUGAUAAAAAUUUUGGUGAUAUAUUGAUUUUUAUGACUGGGCAAGAAGAUAUUAAUGCAACCUGCUAUUUAUUAAGUGAAAAGUUUUAUGAAGUAUAUGAAUCUUAUAAAGAAUCGAAAAAUAACAAAAAUGAUACUAUUAACAAAAUUAAAAACAUAGUUAAUGAAAAAGGAAAAUUUUCUGAAAACAAUAAAAAAAAAGAUCAAGUUCAUCAUAUAUAUCCUUUUUAUGUAUUCCCAAUAUAUUCUCAAUUAUCUAGUGAGCAGCAAAGCAAAAUAUUUCAAAAAUAUGAUCUUAGAAAAAUAAUUGUUUCUACAAAUAUAGCAGAAACUUCUCUAACAUUAGACGGAAUAAAAUAUGUAAUUGAUACUGGAUAUUGCAAAUUAAAAGUAUAUAAUCAAAAAAUAGGAAUGGAUGUAUUACAAGUGACUCCUAUAUCACAAGCAAAUGCUAAUCAAAGAUCUGGAAGAGCGGGAAGAACAGGUCCAGGAAUGUGUUACCGACUAUAUACAGAAAAUACUUUUUUAUGUGAUUUGUACCCUAAUAAUAUACCUGAAAUUCAAAGGAGUAAUUUGUCUAAUGUUGUGUUAUUAUUGAAAUCAUUAAAUGUUGAAAAUAUUUUUGAAUUUGAUUUUAUUGAUAUGCCUAGCAAAGAAAGUAUAAUAAAUUCCUUAUACGAAUUAUGGGUAUUGGGUGCUAUAAAUAAUGAAGGCAAUUUAACAGAGAUAGGGAAGAAAAUGAUUUUGUUUCCUCUUGAUCCACCAUUAUCAAAAAUUGUAAUUUAUAGCGAAAAAUUUGAAUGCACAAAAGAAAUAUUAAUUAUUGUUAGUAUGUUGUCAUCACCAUCUAUCUUUUUAGAAUCAAAAGAGAAUAGUGAAGCUAUUGAAUCAAAAAAAGAAAAAUUUACUGUGCCAGAAAGUGAUCAUUUAACAUUAUUAAAUGUUUAUUUACAAUGGCGUUCUCACAAUUAUUCUUAUAAUUGGUGUGCGAAAAAUUUUAUUCAAUACAAAUCGCUAAAUAAGGCUAAGGAAGUAUAUUCUCAAUUAAGUGAUAUUAUUAAAACAUUAAAUAUGAAGAAUGUCUCAUGCAAUAAUAAGUGGGAACUUUUAAGAAAAACUAUAUGCUCUGGCUAUUUUCAUAAUGCUUCAAAAUUAAAAUCAUUCUCUGAAUAUAUUAAUUUAAGAACUAACGUAUCUUGCCAUGUACACCCUAAUUCUUCUUUAUAUAACAUUGGAUAUACACCUGAUUAUGUCGUAUAUCAAGAAAUAGUUUUUACAACAAAAGAAUUUAUGAGAAAUGUUACUACAGUAGAACCUGAAUGGUUAUGUGAAUUAGGUCCUCUAUUUUUUUAUAUGAAAAAUAUGUAA